AUACUAAAGUGCCGUUUCUCUGAAAACAUUGAGGAUUAAUGUCAUGAGAAUGGAUUGUAAUUCAUGUAAUAAAGCUAAUUUCUAAUCAAGUUUCUUUCAAACGUAGCUAGCCAACUAGGUCAACGACAAGGCUUGCUAACCUAGCCAACUGUCAAGCAACCUUGUGUGUGACCAUGGUGGACAUGGAAGCAGAGAGCAGCACGCAGCUGGAGGCCAUGGAGGAGGAGGAGCCUCUCUUCAGUAACCUGGACCUCUUCCUCUUCACCCUCAUCGCCGGCCUCAUCAUAUACUGGUUCAUGUCCCGCAAGAAGGCCGACCCCAUCCCCGAGUUCAAGAAGCUCGACCAACCAGCACCUUCUACUCAAGAGACUAGUUUUAUUGAGAAGAUGAAGAAAACAGGUAGGAACAUCGUGGUAUUCUACGGCUCUCAGACAGGCACGGGCGAGGAGUUUGCCAACCGGCUGUCCAAAGACGCCCAGCGCUACGGCAUGAAGGGUAUGGCUGCCGACCCCGAGGAAUACGACAUGUGUGAGCUGACCCGUCUGGCUGAGAUUGACAACUCCCUGGCCAUCUUCUGCAUGGCCACUUACGGAGAGGGAGACCCCACGGACAACGCCCAGGACUUCUAUGACUGGCUGCAGGAGACCGACGGGAAACUGGAUGGAGUCAACUACACCGUGUUUGCGUUGGGUAACAAGACAUAUGAACACUACAAUGCCAUGGGGGCUUACGUGGACAAGAGGCUGGAGGAGCUGGGAGCCAAGAGGGUCUUCGACCUGGGCAUGGGAGACGACGACGGCAACCUGGAGGAGGACUUUGUGACAUGGAGGGAGCAGUUCUGGCCAGCCAUGUGCGAGCACUUUGGAGUGGAGGCUUCAGGAGAGGACUCCAGCAUUCGUCAGUACGAGCUCAAGGAGCACAAUGACAUCAACAUGAACAAGGUGUACACAGGAGAGUUGGGGCGUCUGAAGAGCUUUGAGACCCAGAAACCGCCUUUUGAUGCAAAAAACCCCUUCCUGGCUCCAGUCACUGUUAACCGCAAGCUCAACAAAGCAGGUGACAGGCAUCUCAUGCACCUUGAAGUGGACAUUACAGGCUCCAAGAUUAGAUAUGAGUCGGGAGACCACGUUGCCGUCUAUCCCACCAAUGACACAGCAAUCGUGAACAAACUGGGACAGAUCCUUGGCGUGGACCUUGAUACGGUUAUCUCUCUCAAUAACCUUGAUGAGGAGUCCAAUAAGAAGCACCCGUUCCCUUGCCCCACCACCUACCGUACGGCUCUGACCCACUACCUGGACAUCAUCCACCCGCCUCGCACCAACGUCCUGUACGAGCUGGCCCAGUACGCCACCGACCCCAAGGAGCAGGAGAACAUGCGCAAGAUGGCCUCGUCUGCUCCCGAGGGCAAGGCUCUGUACCAGAGUUUUGUGCUGGAAGACAACAGGAACAUCCUGGCCAUCCUGGAGGAUCUGCCGUCCUUGCGGCCUCCCAUCGACCACCUGUGUGAGCUCAUGCCCCGUCUGCAGGCCCGCUACUACUCCAUUGCCUCCUCCUCCAAGGUCCACCCCAAUAGCAUCCACAUCUGUGCUGUGCUGGUGGAAUACACGACUAAAACGGGGCGCCUCACCAAGGGAGUGGCCACCACCUGGCUGAAGAACAAACUGGUUGCGGACAACGGCCACAGGUCCACGGUCCCCAUGUACAUCCGCAAGUCCCAGUUCCGCCUGCCCUUCAAGGCCAGCAACCCAGUCAUCAUGGUCGGUCCUGGGACCGGCAUCGCUCCCUUCAUGGGCUUCAUCCAGGAGCGAGGGUGGCUCAAAGAGCAAGGCAAGGAGGUGGGGGAGACGGUCUUGUACUUUGGCUGCAGGCACAAGAACGAGGACUAUCUGUACCAGGAGGAGUUGGAGAAGGCUGAGAAGACAGGUGUGAUCACGAAGCUCAACGUGGCUUUCUCUCGGGACCAGGACCAAAAGGUGUACGUGCAGCAUCUCCUGAGGACCAACAAGGAGGACCUGUGGAGGCAGAUCCACACAGACAACGCACACAUAUACAUCUGCGGGGAUGCGCGGAACAUGGCCAGGGAUGUGCAGACAGCUUUCUGUGAGAUAGCAGAGGAGCUGGGAGGCAUGACACGCACUCAGGCCACCGACUACAUCAAGAAACUGAUGACCAAGGGACGGUACUCGCAGGAUGUCUGGAGCUAAAACACCUAGGAUCCAACCACAUCCUAUGUUUGUUUGUUUUUAAUCUUGCAUUAUUAUUUGUGUCAGCAAUGGUUAUAAUGGGUCACCAACCCUGGUACUGGAGAGCUACCGGUUGUGCCGGCAUUUGUUCCCGCCAAGCACUAAAACAUCUGAUUCAAUUGAUUGCCUUAUCAUCAUCAUGACCUUGAUUAGUUCAGAUGGGUGUGUUUGUGCCGAGCUGGAAUAAAAGCCUACACACCCUGUAGCUCUCCGGGACCAGGAUUUGUGACCACUGGGGAAGGAUAUCACUGCCGUCAUCUCUGGUUGUUUUAUUUCCAUGGAGCAACACAAGCACUCACCAAUGCACCACAAUAAUGGUUGGUCAUCCUCCAUUCAGAUUUAUUGAUAUUCUAUGUCAGUCGGCCAUCAGUUUGGCAGUGUCAAAUGUAGUAUCACAUUUGUCGACGUCGUGAGAAGCAUCAUGUUUUUGCAGGAGAAGGAAAGUUUGAUAAUAAUAUACUGUAGCUGUACAUAAUUGUACGGUUCAAAGUGAGUGGGUGGGCUUAAAUACAAAACUCAUACAGUGAAAGUCUCUUCCUUAGGAAGUUGACCUAAUCUGGGUAUUAAAGUAUAUUCAGAAUACAUUAUAAAUAUUUUUGAUUUGUGAAAUAAAAAGUGAGAUAUUUUUGUCUACAAAAUCAGUAACUGAAAGUCUUAGUGUUUGUUUACCUUUUGCAUUUGGAUAAGGGAUAUAUAGCCUUUUAUGCAAUAAGGAUGUUACUGUACAUUUCUAAUCAAUCACAGUAACCCUUAGCAAGGCAUGAAAAAAGUACGAUGUUGUAAUUCAGUAGGAGAAAUUAUUAGCUUUUAUUUUCCACAAGACUGCCUUUUUAAAUAUAUCAAUGAAAAUGAUUUUUAGGUUCCCUGUAGUAUUUGUAUACAUGAUGCAAAUGGUUGACAUAGAAAAAAAAAAGUAAACCUGGAAGGGGGAUGAGUAAAUAUCUCGACUUAAAUACUCGGCAUUAUCCAGUUUACGAUGAAACAAAAACUGAACACGUACACCACUUAGUAGCAAGCAUUCAAAUUGACAUGUUUUUUUAUCAUGCAAACCUAGCACUGUACCCUGAGAAUGUAGAUUUCCCCCAACUAUUUGGCUUUGAGUGUCAACUUUGUUUCUUUUAUAUUCUUUGUACUAUUGCACACUAAUCAGUGCAAGUACUGGAUGAUCUAUCACUUAUGUAUGGAUGUUAAAUGUGACGGAUGCUGCUCAAACUUGUUGAGAUUUACUUUCUACCACCUCUUUUCAACUGUCUCCAAUUGAAAUUUGGCUUCCUUUGUUCACUUCACUGAAAACGAACUGUAAGGGCAAGGUUGUGAACCUGUUUUGGCCCAUCAGCCAAGCAAAGCAUAUACAUUUGUAAAUUCAGUGUGUGCCUUAUUGAAUGUGGUGCAUUACUUAAAUGUAUAAUGUUUUUUGGAUGCAUUACUGUAAAGGCAUUUCUUCUAAAAUAUUGGAGAGAAACCAUGUACUGUGAAGACAUUCAUUCCAUUCCUGUUACUUUUUUGUCCACAUUCCAUUUUAUAAUGCAGUAAGUGUCUCAACUGAAUGAAUGUAUCUAGGCAUGUCUUUUUAAAAUUAAUAAAAAAAUAUUGAAUAAAUAGUCAA